CGUCCAAAUUGUCAGACCAAUCAUAACGGAGUGGGAGUAUUUGCGCGAGAACUGAUGCGCUCGCCUCGCGCGCGCUGUCCCUCCCAGCAGCAUCAAAGCAGCAGCAGCGAUCAGCGCACGAGCACAGCUCAGGCACCUGCAGGGUUCUAAUGGUCUGUGACCUCUGUAAUUGAGGAGCUAGCAACUAUGUGAUUGCCUCAUAUUCCAUCAUCUUAUUCUUGCGGCGUCCUUCCUCGUUUGCCACCAAAUACUUCCAAGCAAAUCCAAUGGUCUCCUUGUCAUUGGAUUCCGUUAUCCGGUACGCUCCAGUGAGGGGCACUGAUGACCCCAUUCGGUUAUUGUGCUCCGUCCCUGCUGGCUUCCCACCUUUGUAACUGCAUCCCCACUGCUGCUUGUGCGUCUGGAUCCACCUUAUGCUGCAAUGGUGAGUGCCUUUGAAUGGUAUGGCUGUCUUCUUCUGCUGACGGGGGUGGCCGGAUCCGUCAGCCAGCGUACGGAUCCACUGACGCCCCCUGCUCCCGAAUAUGCCCACUCUAUACGACUGGACGGUGAUAUCAUCCUGGGAGGUCUCUUCCCGGUGCAUGCUAGGGGCGAACGUGGCGCCCCUUGUGGGGAACUGAAGAAGGAGAAGGGCAUUCAUCGGUUAGAGGCCAUGCUCUUCGCCAUCGACCUCAUCAACAAAGACCCCGACCUGCUGCCCAACGUGACCCUGGGGGCGCGUAUUCUGGACACCUGCUCGCGCGACACCUAUGCCCUGGAACAGUCGCUUACUUUCGUGCAGGCACUCAUCGAGCGCGAUUCUACUGAUGUGCGAUGCACUAGUGGUGAGCAGCCAAUCUUUGCCAAGCCGGACAAGAUUAUUGGUGUGAUAGGCGCAGCUGCAAGCUCCGUCUCCAUCAUGGUGGCCAACAUCCUACGCCUGUUUAAGAUCCCCCAGAUCAGCUAUGCAUCCACAGCGCCGGAGCUGAGCGAUAACACCCGGUACGACUUUUUCUCCCGGGUUGUGCCACCUGACUCCUACCAGGCCCAGGCCAUGCUGGACAUCGUGACCGCCAUGGGCUGGAACUAUGUCUCCACGCUGGCGUCUGAGGGGAAUUAUGGGGAGAGCGGUGUGGAGGCUUUCGUUCAGAUCUCACGAGAAAGCGGCGGUGUGUGUAUUGCUCAAUCUCUGAAGAUCCCCAGAGAGCCCAGACUGGGAGAAUUCGACAAGAUCAUCCUGCGGCUACUGGAGACACCCAACGCUCGAGCCAUCGUCAUGUUUGCGAAUGAAGAUGAUAUCAGACGUGUCUUGGAUGCUGCAAAGCGCAACAACCAAACCGGUCACUUCUUGUGGGUGGGAUCGGACAGCUGGGGCUCUAAAAUAUCUCCAGUCGUCCAGCAGGAAAGCGUGGCGGAAGGUGCUAUUACCAUCCUUCCAAAAAGAGCAUCCAUAGAAGCCUUUGACAGAUACUUCAAAAGCCGCUCCUUGUCCAACAAUCGACGGAACGUUUGGUUUGCGGAGUUCUGGGAGGAGAACUUCGGAUGCAAGUUAGGGAUGCACGGCAAGCGUCCCGGCAGCCCCAAGAAAUGCACUGGGUUGGAGAAAGUCGGCAGGGACUCCACUUAUGAGCAAGAGGGAAAGGUGCAGUUUGUGAUGGACGCGGUGUAUGCUAUGGCCAACGCGCUGCACCGCAUGCAUCGGGACCUCUGCUCGGGAUAUCCAGGACUUUGUCCACGCAUGAGCAACAUAGAUGGCAAGGAGCUGCUGGGAUACAUCAGAAACGUCAGCUUCAAUGGAAGUGCCAAGACCCUAGUUGUAUUUAAUGAAAACGGAGACGCCCCUGGACGCUACGACAUCUACCAAUAUCAGAUAACAAACAGGUCGGCUGAGUACAGAAUCAUCGGCCACUGGACGGACCAGCUGCAUUUAAAUAUGAAUGCCAUGCAGUGGGCGAGUGGAGACUCAUCCGUGCCGGCGUCUGUAUGCAGCCUGCCCUGUCAGACCGGCGAGCGGAAGAAGGUUGUGAAGGGGGUGUCGUGCUGCUGGCACUGCGAGCGCUGCGAGGGCUACCAUUACCAGGCCAGCGAGUUCACGUGCCAGCUUUGCCCAUAUGAGCAACGGCCAGAUCAGAACCGCACCGGCUGCCAGCCAAUCCCCAUCAUUAAGCUGGAGUGGCACUCGCCGUGGGCUGUAGUACCCGUCUUCAUUGCCAUCCUGGGAAUCCUCACCACGACCUUCGUGGUGGUGACGUUUGUGCGUUACAACGACACGCCAAUCGUACGGGCCUCCGGCAGGGAAAUGAGUUACGUGCUGUUAACGGGAAUUUUCCUAUGCUAUGUUACCACGUUCCCCAUGAUAGCAGCGCCCGAAGUGGCCGUCUGCUCCUUCCGCAGGAUCUUCCUGGGUCUGGGCAUGUGUUUCAGCUACGCUGCCUUGCUCACCAAGACCAACCGCAUCCAUCGGAUCUUUGAGCAGGGCAAGCAGUCGGUCGCGGCGCCGCGGUUCAUUAGUCCCGCCUCCCAGCUAGUCAUCACUUUCAGCCUGAUCUCAGUUCAGUUAAUGGGUGUGUUUGUGUGGUUUGUGGCCGACCCGCCACACACCAUUGUGGAUUACGGCGAGCAGCGUACGCAGGACCCCGAGAACGCCCGCGGGGUGCUCAAGUGUGACAUCUCAGACCUGUCACUCAUUUGCUCGCUGGGCUAUAGCAUCCUUUUGAUGGUCACCUGCACUGUUUACGCAAUCAAGACCAGAGGAGUGCCGGAGACCUUCAAUGAAGCCAAGCCCAUUGGAUUUACCAUGUACACCACCUGUAUCAUCUGGCUGGCCUUCAUACCCAUCUUCUUUGGAACCGCACAAUCUGCAGAGCGGAAUCGGCAUUCUUCACCUAAAAGUGAUCGGGGAGACCAAACCAUAAGUCGUAGAGACUUGAAACUUGGAGGGAUGGUAGUAGGGGAGCUCGGGGCACAAACCAACGCGGGAUUCUCCUACCCUGACCUAAAACCCUGGGCUCAUUCAUUCUCAGCAUCCGUGUCUCUGGGGAUGCUCUACAUGCCCAAAGUCUACAUCAUUAUCCUGCACCCAGAACAGAACGUGCCCAAACGCAAGCGCAGCUUCAAGGCCAUCGUCACCGCUGCCACCAUGACAAACAAGCUCAGCCAGCUGGCCAGUGAACGGCCCAAUGGAGAGGUGAAAACUGAGCUCUGUGAGAGUGUGGACAAUAGUACACCAUCCACAAAAACAACCUACGUCAGCUACACCAAUCAUGCCAUAUGAGUGCACAUCCUGAAAAUGGUUUGGCAUGGAUCUGGCUGGCUCCGACAAAACAGGAUCCAAUGACUGAAAUCCAAGCAUGAGACAUCAGUGUUGUUUGUGGACAAGAGGAUGGACUCUUGGACUUUUUUUCCUGGAUAUUUUAUAAGAAAGCCUAGG